AUUUAUAUGUGUGAUGUGGCCAACGAAAACUAUUUUUUCAUUUUUUUACGAGACAAAUAUAGAGUUUUCUAAAUAAAAAAGGAAAAUAAUUGGAAAAGUGAAAUUUGUAAAACGAUUAGCAAACGAAAAACGCAAUGCACAAUGUGGAAACUACAAGAAGCAACGAAUUUAUUAACCCGAUUAAUCCUAAUCUUAGUUUUAACUGCACCACUUCUGGACUCUACUCUGGCGUUAUCGGACAAAAGAUUAUGUGCAGAUGAGAAUUGUAAAGGAAUCAUUUCUUUGGGCACGGGGAAAAUUAAUUACAGAGCGGGGGAGGAAGGCAUGGUAUCGUUUAAAAUUAAUGCUCCUAUACGCAUAAAAUCAAAGAGUGCUGGCAAGGAUCCUUCACUCUGGGGUAUUGAAGUUAAUGGUCGAGAGGGUUAUGCGCCUAAACAGUUAAUUCGCGAAACAAAGAUUAUAAUAGGUGAAAAAAAUCUCAAGUAUACUGUUGAUGUAAAGCCAGUGAAUGAAGCUCGUAUUUUGAGCACAUCUGAAAAGACAGUAGAACAGGAAAACACCAUAGAAACAACAACAACUACACCUCUAAAUGAUGUACCCAUAGAAUCAACGGAGAAACCAUUAGUAAACAAUUCAAAUGAAAGCAUCACCACAGAAACUCCAGCUGUGGCCACACCCGUAUAUUCGGAAGUAGUGGAUGGUACACAAAUACCAAUUUUUAAUAAUGAUUCGGAUGGUGUUGUUGACACUACGGAUGGUGUUGUUGAAACUGUGCAGGAAGAAAUUAAACCUUUGAAUAGAUAUCAAAUGGAAGAGGAAACUGACUACGAAGAUGAUAUUGGUGAUUAUGAUGAGGAUGAAGAAGAGGAAUUUCAAUAUAUUCAAAAGAGGCAAGCAGCAAAAGGAGAAUUAAAACCUUCAGCAGCUGAUGCCCAUAAUAAUGAUAUAGAAUCAAGUGAAGAAGUAAAAACCAAUGCCAAAGUUGUUAACAAUGAAACCACAGAAAAACAAUUAAAUAAUAUUGAAGACAAGAAAAUUGAAGCAGAAAAUAUUACUGAAUCUCCACAACCUUCCAAUAAUAAUAACUCUUCGAAAAACGAUGCAAUAAUGGAAAAUUUAGAAGAACUAGAAAACAAACAAGUUGAAAACUCAAAAGAUUCGGAAGAAAAACUAAAUACUAUUAACGAGAAUCAAGUGAACACUGCACAGGUUAAAGAAGAUCUAUCUGAAAUGUUGCCAAGUUCAGAAGUUUUGAGUGAUAAUAGCUAUAUGGAAAAAGAAGUAAUUUCUAAUGGUUUAGAAGAACAAGAACAUAAGGCUGAAGUCUCCAAUAAUUCUGAAACUCAACAAGAUUUGAAUGAAAAACAAACUGUAGUUAUUGAGAAUCAAGUAAACACCAAACCAGUUGAAGAAACUGAUCUAAAAAAUCAUGAACAACUUCAAAAUUAUGGGGCACAAAUUGAAUCUAACAAUACUCCCAUUUCUUCGGAAAAUUCCGAACAAAAUUCUGUGGAAAUCGAAGGAAAUAAAGUAACUAUUAAUGAUAGUCCAGCCAGUGAUAAUGUUAACACUACUGUAGAAAAUGUUGCUCCUGUACAAGAGAAUAAAGUGAAUAAUGAUAGCAUCAUGGACAAUAACGAGAUUACCAAAGACCAGGACAUAUCUACGAGUAACAAUAUAUUAGAUGCUGAGCCCCAACCUCAACACGAAGAGAUAAGUAAAACUGAAAAUUCCAAUUACCAACAACAAGAGCAGAAAACUGAAACAUCUCAGCAUGAAAUUCCUACAGAGCAAUCUGCAGCUGAUAUACAACCACAAGUAAACAGCACGAAUAGUUUGCAACCACAUGAGCAGAAAAUUGAAACAUCUCACAAUGAAAUUUCUGCCGAGCAAUAUGCAACUGAUAAACAACCUAAUGUAGAUCAAGAAGACAAUACAGAGUUUCCCCCGAUUACGGAAUCACAUGAACAUGUGGAAACUUCAACUAUUAGUCCUCAAUUGAAUGCCGAAGAAAGUACAACAACUUCAACUAUUAGUUCACAAUUGAAUGCCGAAGAAAGUACAACAGCUAAAAUACAAGAAGAAGCAAACAGCCAAGAGCAGCAAGCAGCAACAGAAAACAUUAAUCCAACAUCAUAUAGUCCGUACAAUCAUAUUCCUUUAAAUACACCACAACCAUCCCAUUAUGAUUACUCUACUCAGGGAACACCAACAACCGAUAUACCUCCAAACGACUACUAUGCCCAACAGUAUACAGAUGCCCCUACUGAAAGUUCUCACCAAAGUAGCGAUCAUUUUGAUGAAACUACAACUGUAGGUUACAAUAGCGUUCCAAUGUCACCACCUGCAACCACUUCAAGUCCUCCGUUGAAAAGAGAAGAUGAACCACCAAAAACCCUGCCAUCUUCAAUGCCAUCUUUUGAUGAAAAUAAGGAAAAUAAGGGAUUGUUUGCUACCAUUAUGGGAACGGUUAAUAAUGUUUUGUCACUCAAUAAAAAGAAUAAACAUAGUGAUCACGAGGGCGAUAACGAAUUGGAUAGGAUAUUAUACUCUAAUGGUAAUGGACAUAAAGGUCAAACAGCAAAUGAAGAGGAAUAUUGUAAAAACCUUGGACCAAAUGGUGAAUGCCCCCAGUCGGAGCUAAAUCAUCUGCACGAAGCAGAUUCAGAACAUUUCCACCAUUCGUCUGCAACAUCAAUCUUUAGUAGUGAUUUAACUGUUGAUUCUUUCCUAAAAGCAUUGGCAGCCAAAAUUCUAGAAAUCAGUGAGCUAUUGGCAUUUUUAGUUAUAGUAGCAGCCGCUUCUCUGUUCUUUAUUUUUGGCUACUACUGUUUCUGCAACAGUAGCCGCGAAGGUGCUCUACUCUCUAAGCUCAAUCAAUUGGAAAGUAGCCUUCUGGCGUCACACAAAGAAAAUGCUAUCUUGAAACAUAAUUUAAUGUCUACCAGACAAAAGCUAGCAAGUAUUGAGGACAAUUCAUUUGGCUCAAAUGAUAUGGUGGUUUCUUUGAAAAAAGAAUUGGAAGAGGAAUUAAUGGAAAAGGCCCGUUUACAGGAACAAAUUACGGUUUUACAAAAAGAAUUGGAAAAUGCUGCAGAUGCGGGUAUUGAACUAAAUAAAAUUGUUUCCGAAUUGUUGAGCAAUCAAACGGGAGAUGAAAGUAUUAUAAGUAGUGUGGAGGAGCUGCAAAAACAACUAAAUGAGCAACAAAACACUAUUUUGGAAAUCAAUGCCAGUUUAGCAGAAAAGAGUCGUGAAAAUAGCGAACUGCAAUUGUUAAUAGCCGAACAAAAUGCUAGAUAUGAAACGGAACUUGCUGAUGUGCAACGUGAUAACGAAGAAUUGGAGCUCGAAAAGGGUAAUUUACUAACUAGACUAGAUGAAUUGAAAAAUGAUUUCGAUAAGGAUAUAACAGCGGCUUUGGAAGGUAAAAAUUUGGAAAUCAAAAGGCUACAAAAUGAAAUUGUAGACUUUAGCAAUAAACUGGAAAAUGAACAUACAAAAUGGCAAACAAGUGUGGCUAAAAUUGAGGCUUUGGAAGAGUGCUUGAAAAAUGUUAGAAAAGACCCCAGUGUUAACAUUAUGGAAGUUAUAGAUGUGGCUAAUGUCAAGGCUCAACUCAUAGAAACACAAAAGAAGUAUAAGACAUUAAAAGAACGUUUGGAAAUUGAAUUGGAUCAAAGAAAAUUAGCUGACAAUCAAUUACAAAUAAUCACCACAGAAGUGGAAAAACUUAAGCAAGAUUUCAAUCAAUCAGAAAAGGAUAAAUUGGAAGCUCAAACUCGUUUAGAAGUAUUGUCAAAUUACUUUAAGGAUAAAGAAAAUCAACUACAAAAAGAGUUGAGUUUAAAAGAAGCCAUGUGGUUGAAACAACAAGGUGAAACUACCACCACGGUGGAUCGUGUAACUGCCAUGCAAGAGGAAAUACAAUCAUUGAAAUCUCAGAAUGAUUCAUUGCGUGCUGAAAUCGAAGCACAAGUUGCUGCUCAUAAGGCACAGACAGGCACCUUAGAAAACAGAGCCCAUGAGACUUGGCUGGCAGCGCGCCAAUCGGACAGACGUUAUGAAGAAGCUAGAGCUGAAGCUACAGCCUUGAGGCGACAAUUAACCGCCCUGGCUGGUGGCAAUGUCAGUGAAGUUAACAAACCUUCAGCUGGUCCCGCAGGUUUAGGUGAUGAGUUAACACAAGCUCCUUCUCCCAUACACAUGGAAUCACCUGGAUCACCUAUGUUGGGUAGAAUGCCACCACCACCAUUUCUGCCGCCACCUUUUAUGGGUCCACCACCUCCUUUUAUGGGUAUGCCACCACCACCUCCAUUUGUGCCACCCGGUGAAAUGCGUCCGGCUCCGCUGGGACGUAUUAUGUCUCCACCACCUCAACGCUCGGGUCGUUUCUCACCUCAGCACCUAGAUUACGAAGACUAUAUAGAUUACGAGGGUAACAAUACGUGGCACCGCCACACAUACUCACCACCCCCACGUACAUAUCGUUCACUCUCACCCACUGAUAGUCGCUACAACUAUGGUCCUGAGCGUGAUUUAAUGUCUACCUAUGACACCGAGACAGAUUUUAGUCCACCGCCCAGUCCCCGGGAGUCCCGAAGACGAGGUGGCCACAGCAGUGAAAGAAUUGAUAAUAAUACCAAAAGUCCUUAUGGUAACACAAAGAAAUUCAACUCGUCACAUAAAGGUCCCUUAAGUUCUGGCUCUGAAAAAUCCUUUAAUACUUCCUCACAUCAUGAUACAAAAACCAAAAAAGGAAAUCCUAAUAGUGGUGGUGGUAAAAAUAUAGUAUGAUUUAUUGUUUAGCAAACAAUUUAAUCACAACAAAACUACCUUUAAAACUAUGUAUUCCAUUUUAAACGCAUUAAGCCAAUGACAAAGUCUGAGAGUGUGUGAGUCUAGCCGUGUGCCGUGUCUGCCGUUCAUUGUUAAUUGUGUAGUUAAAUUUAAUUUUUUAAAUUUACCUAAUCAACUACUAUCUAAAAAAUUAAUACAUAAUAUUUAGUUGAAACAAAAAUACAAAACAAAAUUAAGCAAAAACAAACAAACUUAAAAUAUAUAAAAAAAACAACUAAAAAAAAUCAAAAAAACUAAGAA